AUCCAAGUUAUGCAACCCACAAUUCAGCUAGUGACGUAAAUCUCGUUAUUUGGAAGUGUUUAUGUUUUUGCUCGAAAAAGCCUAAAUGGAGGGUUUACAAGAAUCUGAAAUGUUACAAUCACCCAACGAAAAGUCGGAAAUGUACAGCACAUUGUCUCAAAGCCAUUUAAUUGAUGCUUCAGACGUCACAAAACGUCGAAGUUCAAAUCGCUCGAUCAAACGCAAGAAAUUUGACGACGAAUUGGUGGAGUACAGUCUAGGCUUGCCCGGCAUUAAUACAGUAAAGAGUAACAGAGCGCGUACACAGUCCCAUUCCGACUUUUCUGUGGCUAGUCCUUCGACUCCUCCGAUCGUUACAACUCCAACUGUAAGUCACACGCCUGAGUUAAAGCGAAAGCCGGCGUCUAAGACUGUAACGAGCAGUUCGCGGCGUAACAAAAAGGGGCGCCAACAGAAUCAGUUUGCAACUAAAGAUUUGGGCAGGUGGAAGCCUACUGACGAUCUUGCGUUAAUUAUUGGGGUUCAGCAAACCAACGAUUUGCGGACGGUGCAUUUGGGUACAAAGUUUUCCUGCAAAUUUACUGUGCAAGAACUACAACAGCGUUGGUAUGCUUUGUUAUAUGACCAAGCUGUGUCCCGCGUGGCUGUGUCUGCUAUGAGGAACUUGCACCCUGAUAUGAUCGCAGCAGUGCAGGAUAAGGCGCUUUGGAGUCAAGCCGAAGAGCAGAUUUUAAGCACCGUAAAAUCAAGCGCCAACCCCACAAUUGAUGUAUUUGCGGAGUUGCUGGCACAAAAUCCUGAUGUUUUUUAUCCUGGAAGAACGGCAAGUGCGUUGUUUAGGCACUGGCAAACUUUGAAAAUGUACCAUUUGUUGCCUGAUCAAAUUUUGGGGCCUCUGCCAACGUCGGGACGUCCCAUAAUGACUUUUAACGAUGCUGAAGACAUUAUUCAAGAUUCAGAGUUGAGUGAACCUCCGGAUGAGGCACUCGAUCGGGAGUUGAGAUUACAACAGAGGAAAAAUAUUAAACAAAUCAGACAGUUGGAGAAUGAAGUUGGUAGAUGGAAUGUGCUGGUUGAUAGUGUUACUGGAAUCUGUCCUGGGGAGUUAGAUGGACAAACUCUAGCUGUGCUGAGAGGUAGAAUGGUGAGGUACUUAAUGAGAAGCAAAGAAAUUAUCAUUGGAAGAUGUGCCAAGGGGUAUAAUGUUGAUAUUGAUCUCAGUUUGGAGGGACCUGCACAUAAGGUUUCAAGACGUCAGGGAACUCUAAGAUUAAGAAACACGGGUGAAUUCUACUUGUCUUCUGAAGGCCGCCGUCCAAUUUUCGUAGAUGGACGUCCAAUAACAGCCGGAAACAAAGUCAGAUUGUUUGACAAUGCAGUAGUUGAAAUUUCUUGCCUUAGGUUCAUUUUUUCUGUAAACCACGACUUGAUUAGAACUAUUCACGAUUCACUAAGGUAUAAUGGACCAGCUUAAUUUAAACAAAGUUUUGUAAAAAAUGUAUUCUUUAAUAAAGUGUUACUUUAAGAAUCCCA